AGGGCUGCGCUCCGGCGCCCGCGCGCGUGCGUCUCCCGGCCGAGCGCGUGAGAGCCGGACUCUUUGUUAGCGGCCGUUGACGUCCUUAAGCUAGCUAAUGACGCUAGCGUCAUUAGCUAGCGUUAGCCGCGGGUGGUCCGGCCACACGGCGGUUGGCCCGUCAGCCAAUCGGCCGUGUGCUCGUGUAAAUUAGCCCCGCUAGCGAGUUGGUUUACGCUCCGUUCAGAGAGACUCAGGUUUUCACUCCCGACUUUUUGAGAGCCAGCUGAUCCACAAGCGCGUGUCUACGGUCACAUUUAAUGAGCGUCAAAGUUAUGACGUUGGUCCACUGAACAGUCACGUCCAGCGAGGACUAGGAUGGUAAGCAGCCAGCCGAAGUACGAGCUGAUCCAGGUGGUGGGUCGGGGCAGUUACGGCGUGGUCUAUGAGGCGGUGGUGAAGCGCACGGGGGCCCGGGUGGCUGUGAAGAAGAUCCGCUGCCACUCUCCGGAGAAUGUGGAGCUGGCACUGCGGGAGUUCUGGGCCCUCAGCAGCAUCCAAAGCCAGCACCCGAACGUCAUCCACCUGGAGGAGUGUAUCCUGCAGCGGGACCAGCUGGCCCAGAGGAUGAACCACGGCUCCAGCGCCCCGCUCUACCUGGAGCUGGUGGAGACGUCUCUGAAGGGCGAGAUCACAUUCGACCCGUGCUGUGCCUACUACUUGUGGUUCGUCAUGGACUUCUGCGACGGCGGCGACAUGAACGCCUACCUGCUGUCCCGCAAGCCCAGCCGCAAGACCAACACCAGCUUCAUGCUGCAGCUGGGCAGCGCCCUGGCCUUCCUGCACCGCAACCAGAUCAUCCACCGCGACCUCAAACCAGACAACAUCCUCAUCUCGCAGGCCUGCACGCCGGCCGGCUCCUCCGAGCCCACCCUCAAGGUGGCCGACUUCGGCCUCAGCAAGGUCUGCUCCGCCUCCGGGCUCAACCCGGGGGAGCCCGCCAGCGUCAACAAGUGCUUCCUGUCCACGGCGUGCGGCACGGACUUCUACAUGGCCCCGGAGGUCUGGGAGGGCCACUAUACGGCCAAGGCGGACAUCUUCGCCCUGGGAGUGAUCAUCUGGGCCAUGGUGGAGCGCAUCACCUUCGUGGACGUGGAGACUCAGAAGGAGCUGCUGGGCAGCUACGUGCAGCAGGGCUCAGAGAUUGUUCCCCUGGGGGAGGCCCUGCUGGAGAACCCAAAGAUGGAGCUGCUGAUCCCCGCCAGGAAGAAGAGCAUGAACUGCCACAUGAAGCAGCUGAUCAGGGAGAUGCUGUCGGCCAACCCCCAGGAGCGGCCCGACGCCGUCGAACUGGAGCUGCGGCUGGUGCGCAUCGCCUGCAGAGAGCUGGACUGGGACACGUGAUGGCCGACACGCACACGUCUCAUUAGCUACGGAUACUUUCAUCAAACUCUGGAAGAAUAAUUAGAGUAGUCGUUGUUCGUGUCGUGGCUAAACUUCAUUCACUGUCUGAGCACAUGCAGCCCUCUGCUAGCUGGGUCUUUUCAUACCGAGGGGGGGGAAGUGCUCCGAAUUGCAGCUUAGUCUCAGGCUAAUCACAUCCCAGCUUCCUCUGCCUGCUCACAGAAUCACUCACGCGUGCUGCAGGAGAAGAAUGACCCCAAAAAGGACUUUUAUUCAAUGGGGAGAGAAAGUCAAAGUCAAACUGAGACAGUUUGUCUGCAAAUACCACCCUGGACUCGGUGCUAAUUAUUAUUAAAUGCAAUAUGAGACAUUAUCCUGUGACCAUUACAGCGUACAUUAACACACAAUCCCCUCAAUGUGUUGGAUGUCGCUUUGACAGAACCUGACUUGCAAACUGAUUUCAGCCUGGUAACGUGACCACCAGCAUCCAUAACAGUGUUUCCCUUAGCUUCACUGCUCUGGGGCAUUCGGCAUUAAAUGCAGAUCUGCCCUGAAUGCUCAGGUAAGAAAAUCUGCAACAUGGUGGUAUUUGUAGACACAGCCAGUAGGGUCGGGCUUCUUGUCUUUGGCUUGAAAACCCUUAUUCGCACAGGCUUCUCUGUUGGUUUUAUGGGUGGGGAACAUUUUAUCAGUCAGCGACCAGCCAGCUGGGCCUUGUGGUCAUAUUCGUCCUCUUUCUGCCCGUCCCACUCUUGGAGAUAAAGUUGCCUGGUCCCAGACCAGUGUAGCAGAAUGUAUAACGACUGGGACUUUAAUUAUGUAGAGCCUUAAACACAGAACACCAUGGGGGUUCUUUGUUGGAGAGCACUGCUUUGUUGCAACUUGGUUAUUAUUUUUUAUAGUUCUAACCAUUAGGUACGACUCUUAAUUACUCAAAUCGUGUUGUAAAGUCUUUCCAGUGCUCCAACAAAAAAAGAAAAAUGACCAUAAAUACUGGUACGGUGGCUCUAUCUGCUUUCUUUUGCCGCUGACUCUCGCUCAUUCUUGGGCAAAAUUAAACUUGGUAUAAAAGACUUAAAGUUCACUACUCUAAAUUGGUGUUGAUUUUUGUAAGAUUAUAGUUUUAAAUCUUUAAUCUUACAUAAUCUAAUCACAAAUAACACUCAUAAUAUUUAGAAGUAACCAUGAAAUCAUGCCGGCUGACAGGGAAGCCGUCGCUACGGUUACCUAAUUAACGUUAACACUGUGAGUUUGACUUUCUAUUGUCCGUAAACAGCCGGUCUGAACGCACUUCUUGUCCCAUUGUUUGCUUAGCCGAUGGACACAAUGUCCCAGACUGUGGAAAAAGUAAGUAAGUUGUAAUGAACCAGAAUGACCCUUUUUUAGUAGUAAAAGCACAGUAAAGCGAGCAGAUUGGCCCGAGCUCAGAGGACUUUGUGGAUGACUCCAACACGCGGCCAACAAAUCCUUAUGUUGCUUAAACAUAAAUUGAAUUAUCUAAAAAGGUUGAGCUGCAGUGACAUUAAUAUUCACCUCGGAGUCAAUUUAGUAAAUUUUAAUAAGUGAAAAAAAAAAUGAAAGCGGGAGCGAUUCAGUGACACACUGAAAGCACUUUGGUUGUUUCUAUUUAUUCCUCAUAAACUACCUGCUGCAUCUUCUGCAGGAGCUCUGAGAGGCUGGACGCCGUGUGAUAACUGCGCCGCUGUUUGUUUACCAGGAGAACACAAUGUCAGCCAACGGUCUACUUAUGCAUGCAGUGUCUCUCACCUUCAGGGACAGAAGACACCAGCGCACACAAUCCUCCAUGAGCCAGAGGAUCUGUCUUUCUUUUUUAAGGAGGGGGGGACAUAAUACUGUUGUGUUUUAACUUGAUCUCCUCUCCCUGCUCCUGGUUCCCUUUGGCUCUGGAUCUUACAGUAAUCCCGUUCUUCAUGCUUGCGACAGGCUAAUUCUAAGCCUAUUAAGUUGUUGCAGCACUUGGCAGCGGAUCAUGCUCGGGACCCCUUUUGCCUUUCAGGUCAAAUAGAAUUUUAGCACUUAUACUAAUUUUACAGGAACAUGUUAAAACAGUCGUGGCUUCUUCGCUGUCAGAAUUGUGCAGAAAAAUUCUUUUUGCCAAUAUUUACCUGCUAAAUGACCUUCAACCUUCUGUCCAGAUGCAAUUGAGAUUUGCCUUUUUUUAAAAAUUCUCCCAUUUCUCUUUAAUUCUAAAGUGGCCUCGUUGAUAUUGCAAUCGAACACCAAACUGGCAGUUGUUGUGCUUGAGACGGGCCUUUGGUGUGAAUAUUUAUGCCACAAAUCACCAUCAGAACCUGCCCUUCACCGCAGGGCAUCUAUGCUGCUUGUGGUAUUUGUGCUCUUCUUGUUCGUGGAGGUCAAGCUCGGACCCAAAGCAGGUCCCGUCCGGAGCUCUCAGCAGAGCGCAGGAUGCAGAGAUUUCUUCCUUCGCUUCCAGUUUGAGACGUUUGCCAAACAGAUACUUGGGUCUGGGGUAUGAAGACAUUUCAGUCUUUGAUGAAUGAAAUUCCUUUUGCACAUGUGUAAAUACUGUAUAGGAUAAAGGGUGUUUGUGUACAUUUGACUGGGGGUGUGUGCUCUGUUUUCAAGAGCCUGACUUCUGCUGUGACGGGUUCAGUUUUUCUUCAGCUCUUAAUUGUGUUUUUGUGCGUUUGUAUGUCUUAAUUUCUGCUUCUUGUCGUGGCUGAGAAGCUUUAGGGAUCAGAUUUCCAGCAUUCCUCCUGUAACGGAUGUUCGGAUCAUCUCAAAUGUUUGAAAUGUCUCGAUUUCCAGGAGAUAUCAGAGCGGAUUUGUGAUGCAUAUUCAAAUAAAUACAUCGGUGGAAGAUGAAGACCACCCAGUACAACCUAAGACCAAGCUUCUUACGCUCUUUUCUAUCAACAAUCUUUGCUCUUAUGUCAUUGUAACACCUUUUUGAAGAGAUUAAAUGACGUUUAUCAAGAAGUGGUGUGAAAACCUGUCACUGUUGAAUUGAUUUUUAAUAAAAUCGAAUCAAAUCCUAAUGGAAUUUCUUGUGGAAAUGCUGCAUGCAAAUGGCUUUUGAAAUUGUCCAUUUCCUCCGCAGCUCAUGUUCCGUGGGCCCUUUGUCACAGGUAAUGGCUUUGAUUCACUUCACCUGAUGACCUGAUCAUUAAAGACGCCGCGAGCUAAAUGAA